AUGAUUGAAGGUGUCUUACCUAUUAAGCAUCAAGACAACCACAGGCAUAAAAACACGAAAAUUUUCAAAAACCAAUUGACGAAUGGAGAUUCAUCGGCCAAUUAUCAGAAGACAAAAGGAGGAGGUUGCAAAAAAUCCUAUCCACCUUGCCGCCAUUGUGAGAAGAAAGGUCAUCCACCAUACAAGUGUUGGAGAAGACGUGACGCCAAGUACUCCAAAGCCAAUCAACCUGGACAUGAAGCUGUGAUCUGCAAAGUCAAAGGUCAAGUGAAAGAAGUAAAUACACAGGUAAUUGAUCAAGAAGAAGAAGAUCAAUUGUUUGUGGUCACUUAUUUCUCAGGCAAAGAAUCAAGCGAGAGCUGGUUGAUUGACAGUGGGUGCACAAAUCAUAUGACAUAUGACAAAGAGUUUUUUGAGGAAUUAAGAGACAUUGAAGUCAAGAGAGUGAGGAUUAACAAUGGUGAUCACUUGGAAGCCAAAGGAAAAGGCACAAUUGCUAUAACAAGUUAA